AUGGCUGCUCAACAACAGGAAGCCUUUACGGAGGCCCAAUUAUACUUGCACGGCCUUGAAAGCAUGACUCGGGUUGAAGGCUCUCCGUUGUAUGAUGCCACGGACCAAACAGAAGGCUACUUGAAUACCCUUUUAGAAAUCGUUGACCAACAUAUCAGGGACGGAGUUAUCACCCGAGAGGUUGGUAGAGAGACUCGUUCUACUCUUGAACGGAGACAGCAACGGAGACAGCAACGGGCCUCCCAGGAUGCGAGACCAGUUCAUCGCCUGGCCGCACAAACUGGUUGGCCAUCUAGUGAUCCAAACAACACGCAGUUUCCGUCGGGGAACAGGCAUUCAAAUAUUGGAGAAUAUCCACAAAUCCCACAACAGUGGGAUCUUGGUGCCUCAUCGGAGACGGCCAUGAAUCCAGAGUUUGGACUGCAGACUCCCAACGCUGUUGGUUUGUCCAGCGGCGUGCGACAGGCGGAACACAAUGUCUACCAGCCAGCGAUGCCCGCCCAAUCGCAAACGUCUUCAAUGAGUAUGAUGCUCCCACCACCAUUGAAUCCCUCCCAAAAUAGGUUCCAAGCCGGGGAUAUGCAGGGUGGCAUGGCAACCCCGAUGCGUCAAACAGGUUCUGGUUUCACAGGGAUGAAUACCAUGACGGCCCCGGCGUAUCAAACAAGGUCUCCUCUCACAACAGGAGAUCAGACGAUGUCUUUUGUGGGUGUAAUAGACCCUUCUCUUCUUCCCGAAGAUCUUCCACCGAUGGAACAGAGCGACAAUGAGCCAAGACGGUUUAGCGAUCAACAAGCUCCCCAACAACAGCAUAUAUCCAACCAGUUGAGUGAUGUUUCCCCCGGAGAGCAACCGGCGGUUGGGCUCGGUACCAAUUGUGACGGGUACGUUCAUGAAUGUGAUCGGUGCCAUCAUCGUGUUAAGACACGUCGCGACUUCAAUCGACAUCACUAUUCACGGAACAGUGAACGAUUGGGGUUUGCUAUUGACAAAGGGGCGAGCUACACGAAAAACUCGGCAGGCGAGUACUUUUGGCAUGGCACGAACAGCGCUGGGACGAGGUUUCGGGGUAGACUUCUGCCGUUUCAAGGGGACCUGCCCUCAUCGAAAUGCCUACCCCCUUGCGAUAAAACAUUGGAUGACCGGGAAUAUAAGAGGCCGAAAAGAAAAAUGAAGCCAGCUUUGGAAACCAAGUCGAAGAAGACCAAGACAGCGAACCAAGAUGACAGCAACAACCAGGUCGAUGCUGAAGGCGUCAAAGAAAAUGAUGGGAACAAGCAUGUCGGCAGCAAAGACGACAGUCGCGAGGAGAGAGAAGAAGAAGAAGAAGAAGAAGAAGAAGAAGAAGAAGAAGAAGAAGAAGAAGAAGUUGACAUCGGGGAAGAUGGCAACCAACAGGACAACGACGAAACAAAUGAGCACAACCCGGACGCCGAGAUCAAUCAAGAAGCAUUUACUUGGGCUCAUGAGGAUAGCGAGUUUAGCGACCUCUUUGAAUGA